UAAAGCUUGAAAGAAAUGAGUUCAUCUAGUGUGACCAACGUAGGAUACUUUCAAAAUUCAGAUGCGCCAAUUCAAUUAAUAAUUUAUUUACCAACAUUUAUUAAUUACAUGCAAAAUGAAGCACUAUCGGAGAACAUUUUAGUUGGUCAACAGAUAUAUACUCUAUUAGGAAUAAACUCUUUAGGCUCUAGUGAUGAUUUAAUAUAUGGAAUAGAAGGAACUGAUAAAUUUGCUGUUGAUUCAAAAUCUGGCAUUGUUACCUUAGCAAAACCAUUAGAUCACGAAGAAAACAAUGCAUUAACAUUUAGUAUAACACUGAAACAACAGAAUUCAGGAGAUAUAGUUCGUAUUCAAACUACAGUAAUUGUAUUAGAUGAAAAUGACAAUGCUCCUACCUUUAAAAAUUUGCCUUAUGAAGGUACAGUGAGUGAAGAAUCUAAAAUUGGAUUAACUGUAUUUAAAUGGAUACAGGUUGAGGACUUAGAUCAAGUUGGCCAACCACUUGAAGUUAGAUGUGAAUCUAGCUCUCCGAAUGAUGGAUGCUUAAAAUUUAAAAUUGUAUCAGAAAAUAUUAGUGAAAGUUAUUAUAGUGGCGCUCUAGUUGUGAAUGAAAAAAUAAAAUAUUCAGAAAAUCAAUUUUACCAGUUAACAAUUAUUGCUCAUGAUGGCAGCCAUGUGAGUAAAACAACUUUAGAUAUACAUGUUAAAGAUAUACAGAAUAUGCCACCUGUCUUUCAUGGAUCUCUAACUAGUGUUAUUAGUGAAGAUAUAGCAGUUGGAACUCAUGUUCUUACUGUUAAUGCAAAAGAUGGUGAUAGAGGAGAACCUAGAGGCAUAGUAUAUGAUUUAAUCCAAAAUCCUAUGGAUUAUUUUUCUUUGGACAAACAGUCUGGUGAACUCACUACUGCUAAACUUAUUGAUCGUGAAACAUUAAUGAAUAACAAUGGUAUUAUUACUUUAACUGUUAAAGCACAAGAAAUUUUAAAUGACAUCCCAAUUGAUGAUAAUAUAAGUUCAACUAGUGCUAUUAUUACUAUAACGGUUCAAGAUGUAAAUGAUGAACCGCCAAAAUUUAACAAGUUAAACUAUUUUGUGAGUGUACCUGAGAAUAUAGCACCUGGUACUCCUUUACCUAAUUUAAACAUGACAGUUUCAGAUUCUGAUAUUGGUACAAAUUCUGAGUUUUCAUUAAGUCUUCUUGAUGAAUCAAACUACUUUGUAAUAGAUCCUCCUAAAGCUAUUGGUGCUACAGAUGUAAGCAUAAAACUUGCAAAGAAUAUAAAAUUAGAUUAUGAAGACCCUAAUCAAAGGAAGUUCAUUGUUUUGGUUAAAGCUAGCGAGACAAGUGAAAAAUAUAAUUUAUCAUCAACUGCUACAUUAGUCAUUCAAGUCACUGACAUAAAUGAUAAUUAUCCUGUUUUUGAUAAUAAUGUGUAUACAUUUACAAUCAAUGAAACUGCAGCUCCUGGAACAAUAAUUGGAAUUGUUAAGGCUAGUGAUCGAGAUAGUAAUUCAUUUAUUGUUUAUAGCUUAACUGGGCCAUCAGCAGAAAAAUUUUAUGUUGAUAAAUUGACAGGUACCAUUUCUGUGGCACUUUGUUCUGAUGUUGGGAAAGCUAUGUGUCUUGAUUAUGAAACCCAGUCAAAUUAUUAUUUAACUUUCAUAGCAACUGAUGAUAAUAGUAAUGGACAAUCAAGUUCAGUUCCAAUUAUGAUAACAUUGUCUGACAAUAAUGACAAUGCACCAGUAUUUAUGCAACAUUUAUACACUAGCCUUGUAGAUGAAGGAGCAGUAUAUUUUGAACCUUCUCUUAUUGUUCAAGCAACUGAUGCUGAUAAAUCUUCUUUAAUUACAUACAGUAUAUCUGGAUAUGGAAGUGAAUUGUUUAAAAUUGAUAGCAGUAGUGGAGAAAUAUUUAUAGCGUCACCAAAUGGACUGAAAAGAUUGGAAAAUGACAACAUUACACUAUCUGUUAUUGCAAAUGAUGGUAUAUACAGUGAUGAAGCAAUUGUUAAUAUUAUGGUUUUAGACAUCAACAACAAUAGUCCAAAAUUUUUGUCUGAUAUGUAUAAUGUUUCUAUAUAUGAAAAUGUACCCAUUAGUUACAGUGUUAUCAAAGUUGAAGCAAAAGAUAAUGACAUUAAUUUGAAUGCUAACCUUACUUAUUCUAUACUAGAAGGCUCAUUUAAUCAUUUUUCUAUUGAUGAGUUAACUGGAGUUAUUUAUGUCUCAUCAAAACUCAAUUAUGAUCAACAUUCUAAUUAUGUUAUUAAAGCAUUAGCAAUUGAUAAGGGUACACCUGCUCUUACUGGAAGUACAACUAUUACUGUUAAUAUAAUUAACAUUAACAACAGAAACCCAGAAUUUAUUCCAGUUAUUCAGCGCACAGAGGUAUCAGAAGACGUACCUGUAGGAACAGUUAUCUAUCGUUUGAAUGCACAAGAUGCUGAUAUUAGUGAUGUAAAUGCUUUAAGUUUUUCAUUGAACUCAUCAUUAAUUACUGGAAUUACUAGUAAGGGUAAUCAAUUAGAAGACAAUAGUGUAGUCAAAGAGUGGUUCAAAGUUAGACCAUCAAAUGGCGAUGUAAUUGUUGCUAAAUCAAUUGACAGAAAUAUAGCAGCUGUUGUUAGUUUAUCAGUAAUUGUAACUGAUACCUCUGCGCCAGAUGUACAGCAAUCGUCUGGUACAUUAAUGAUUAAUAUAAUGGAUAUCAAUGAUAUUGCUCCAAAAUUUGACAAACCUUGGACAAAAGAAAAUCCAAUUUUGAAAUUAUCAACUUUUGAAGAACAACCCAUUGGUACUAUUAUUGGAAAUUUUGCUGCUCAUGAUGAUACUGGAAUUGACUAUUAUGCAGUUUUACCUGUUAAUCAAUAUAUAGAUGUUAACCAAUCUACAGGUUCUCUUUAUAUAAAAAAAAAAAUUGAUUUUGAAAAUAUUGAAACUAUUAGCAUAACUUUAAUAGCCUAUGAUACAGGAUAUCCACAACUGUCAUCUUCUGCAAUAAUUUCAAUACAGAUUUUGGAUGUAAAUGAUAAUUAUCCAAUAUUUAAUCAGACUGAAUAUAAAGCAGAAAUUGAUGAAAACUCUCCUCCUGGAACAUUUGUUACCAAAGUAUUUGCUACUGAUGCUGAUAAAUCAACUUUUGGUUUGGUACAUUAUUCAAUUGUUGGACAUAGUUAUGGACUUUAUAUAAACCAAGAUACAGGAACUAUAAAAGUUCAUAACUCUACCUAUCUCAAUCGGGAAGAAAUUCAAGAAAUAACAUUAAGAAUACACGCUAAUGAUGAAGCUCCUCCAGAAUUGUCUAAAUCUGCUAUUGUUUUGUUGACUGUAAAACUCAGAGAUAUAAAUGAUAAUCCUCCACAAUUUGAUCCUAAAGAAUAUUACUUAUCAAUAAUUGAUUCAAAUCCCAAUACUCCACUUAUGCAAUUAAAAGCUAUAGAUAAAGAUAUUAAUUCAAAAUUAGUUUAUACAAUUGUAUCAGGAAAUAAAGAUUUAUUCAAUCUUGACAAAGAAACAGGAUUUUUAUAUCCAACACUAUUGUUGAAUGGUGUAAGUGGUAUACAAAUUGUUGAAAUUGAUGUAUUUGAUGGUAUUUUUAGAGAUUGUGCAAGUAUUAAUGUUACUAUUUUGGAUAUAAAUCAAAAUCAACCAAUUUUUGUUCAUCCACUGAAUUCAACAUUGUUAAUUCCUGAGAAUAUUAGUGUUGGUACAUUAGUUCUUACAGUGUGUGCUGAAGACAAAGACUUGGGAGAAAAUGGUCGUGUGACUUACUUCUUUAAAGAAGAAAAUAAUAAUAUUAUACAAACUGACACUUUUACAAUAAAUCCAGAAACUGGACAAAUCAAGACUCAGAUUUUGCUUGACUAUGAAACAAAAUCUUCUUAUGAGUUGGUUUUGGUAGCACGAGAUCAAGGCUCUCCAUUAUGGCAAGAAUCAUUAAAAGUUCUUAAUAUUAAUUUAAUUGAUGUUAAUGAUAAUAGACCACAUUUUUCUGUGCCUAAUGGCCAUAAACCUUUGUAUACAUUCAAAAUUAAAGAAAAUAAUAGACCUCAACAUAAAAUUGGUCAAGUAAAAGCAACUGAUUUGGACCAUGGAGAAAAUGCACAUAUAUUCUAUCAUUUACUUACUCCUAAUCAUAUUCCAUUUAUGAUUGAUCGCUUGGAUGGUACUAUAUAUGCUAAUGACACUUUAGACAGAGAAGAACAAAGUUCAUAUGAAAUAGUAGUUAAAGCUUCAAAUGAUAAUAUUGAGUAUCAACAUACAAAUGAUAUAGAACUAGAUGACUAUAGUUUAGCUAAAGUUUUGAUCAUAGUUACUGAUGAAAAUGAUAAUACACCAAUUUUUCAGUCAAAUCAUUACUAUGCAGGAGUUAAUUCUAUGGGAAAAGUUGGAGAUGUUAUACUUCAAGUGGUAGUUAAUGACCCUGACUCAGAGGAAAAUAAUGCAGUUAGUUAUAAUAUUGAACAUACACAAUUAUAUAAGCCAGGAAUUGAAAAUAUAACAUGGUUUUCUACAUUAAAAGAUCCAUUUACUAUUGAUUCAAUGGGUCGCAUAUCUACGGCAGUAUUUUUAGCAGAGUAUAAUCAAGGUCGAUUUCUUUUGCAAAUUGCAGCAAAAGAAACUGUAGCACCUUUCAGAACAACCACUACAAUAGCAUCAGUAUGGGUGUAUGAAGUACAACAAUUAGUAAAAUUAAUAGUUUCAAGAGCGCCUCAGACUGUUAACGAAGGUCGAGAAUCAAUACUACUGAAUUUGGCUAAUGUAACAAAUAUGAUUGUAGUUUUGGAUGAUGUUAGAUAUCAUGUAAAUCAAUAUGGGUAUAUUCAGCCUGAUUCGAGUGAUGUAUACAUUCAUAUGGUUAAUCCCUCUAAGAACUCUAUUAUGUCAAGUGGAGAAGUACUUUCUAUUAUUGAUGAUAAAUAUGAUUAUUUAAAAGAUUACUAUGAACAUUUCGCCAUUGAAAAUGUUGUGCCUGUAUUAUUUGCUACUCAAUCUGAUUCAUUUGAACCUACAAUAGCUGCAUUAGUGGCAUUAAUUGUUGUAUUGAGUGUUGGUUGUAUCGGGGUAUUAAUUAUUUGUUGUUGUUUCCGUCAUUGGAUGUUUUCUUCUGAGCUGGAUAAUAAUUCUAUUAAAAAUGAUAUUUUAAUUAAAAAAUCUGUCAUUGAUGAUCUUAGCACUACAGAAAAUCCUUUGUGGAUUGAACAAAAAUUAAAAUUAUAUGAAGAACAAGAAUUGACAAUGCAAGUUUUUUGUGAUAUAGAAAAUAAGGAUUUGCCAAACAAUCAAGAUAGCAUGGGGGACAAUACCUAUGCAACUAUAAGACGUCCAUCACGUCGAGGAUCUAUUAAUACCCUUUUGACAAUGACCACAGGAGAAUAUGCUACUUUAGGAGGUUCAGUUUUACCAUUACCUUUAGAUGGAGCAACAUCACAUAGUCAACAAAUGUUUGAAGCAUCCCUUGGAUUUCAAGGAUCUACAUUUCAAGUUCCAGAUUUAACGUUGGAUACUAGUAAUCUUUUAAGGAGCAAUUCAGAUAUUUAAUAUUAUUGAAAAACUACUUUUUGGUUGAAUUUGGUAUUUAAUUACCCAAAUCAAAUAUUUUUUAUUAAUUUUAUCAGUGCCAAGUUAUAAAGUUCAAUUUUAUAUUUUUAUAUAUGAAUUCACUCUAUAUUUCUAUUAUUUAUUUAUGCUAUCCUAAUUUUUUUCAUGCAUUAACUAUUGUUUAUUAAGAUGCCAAUAUUUUUUAUUGAAUCAUCGAUAAGACUGUUUUUGAAUUAAAAUUAUUUUAAAAAUUACUAGUGAUAAUACUAAAAUUUAUUUUAUGAUAUCCGUCCAAUUAUUAAGUUAUAUAGGAAUAC